ACUGAGACUCCUGCUCUGCUCUCAUCACAACAGAAGGAUGGAUGGAGUUUCAGAGGGAUGGACUCCUCUCUCCUCUUCAUCACUCUGCUGAAUCCUGACGGACGGACCUCACAUCCACAUCCACGGACUGGUCUGCGUAAACCCUGAAUUCCCAGCGGAGGCGGAGAUCCUCCUCCUCCUCCUCCUCCUCCUCCUCACGGAGAGCUCUGAGGUCGUGAAGGUGUGAAACUUUUACGGAUGUGGAAACCCGUUCACACGGAUCCAGCCUGCUGUGGGUGAGCUGGUUCUGGUUCUGGUUCUGGUUUCUGUCGCAAAGGUUGAGAUCGGUUCUGGAAAUGUCCGAGCUGCACAACCGGAGCCACACGAGCGCGCGUCGCAGUGACUACGUGUGGCAGUACGAGUAUUACGACGAUGAGGAGCCCGUGUCUUUCGAGGGUCUCAGAGCGCACAGAUGUAAGCUUUUCUUUCCUAUAGCUUUGAAUUACAACUUACUGUGUGUGUGUGUGUGUGUGCGCGUGCGUGUUUGCCCGUGCCAUGUCUCUGUGUGUGUGUGUGUGUGUGUGUGUGUGUGUGUGUGUGUGUGUGUGUGUGUGUGUGUCAGGGUUCCUCACCUUUAGACUGCUGAUGAAAACCACAUUCAUCUCUGCAGGUUCAUUUACGCGCUCCUUUAUCUCAGAGCUCCAGCUGUCAGGAGACACACACACACACACACACACACACACACUCCUCUGAUAAUUAUUAUCAGGCUGGUUAAUGAAACCAUGACAGAACCAUCUGCAGGUAGGGCUGGGCGAUAUGGGACAAAGUUAAUCAGGAUAUUAUUGUCAUAUCAGUCGAUAUCAGGUUAUAAAACUGAAAUGUAACAGUGUUUAUUGGUCUCAUGUCUUUUCCAAUACAACAUAUUUGGUUCCUAUAUAAACCAUAUUCUAACAUCCUCGACCAUCUUUAGAGGCUUUUCCAGAGAACGGCCUCAUGAUGGCGUCUCUUAUAAUCUAACUGGUGCUUUUUUCCAACCCUUAACAAGAAACGGCUUUUAGACGUGUUCCUGGUAGGGCUGGGUGAUAUGGGAAAAAGUUUAUCACAAUAUAUUAUUUUCAUAUCGGCUGAUAUCGAUCAAUAUCAGGAUAUAAAACUGAAAUCUAACAGUGAUUAUUGGUCGCAUGUCUUUUCCAACACAAUAAUCUCCUGCAUCUGUGAGGUCUUUGUGUCUCUUUGGCGUUUUGUCGUUGUGAUGUUAAAGUGCUAUGGUUGGGUGGAGCUGCUGUCUGCUACGACGCAGCUGUUUGAUACUUGGUUCUAAUUCAGAACAUGAUUGGUUCAGACCCGGAGACACUCCCCUUUUCAUUGGCUGUUCGUUAGGGGUGGGAGAAAAGAAUUCGAUUCAUAUAAGUAUCACGAUUUUUUGUUUUACAAUUUUAAAAUCGAUUCUUUUGUUCAAUAAUCUUUUUUUCUUUUUCUCAAAUUUUCAGAAUAAAUCGUAAAAUCUGACCUCCAUGUGUAUUUUUGGGUAAAUCUGGUUCCUUUAAUAGUCAGCAGACGAUCAGAAUCAUUGAUCUGUUUCACUUUAAAAUACAGACUAAAGAUCGAGAAAAUCAACAAUAUCGUAGAAUCACAAUUUAAAUCAAAUCGGCAUCCAAACAAUCGUAGAAGAAUCGAAUCAGGAGAAAAGCAGAUCGUCCAGCCCGACUGUUCGUUAGUCGACCAAAACAUGUCAGAAUGACGACUAUUGAAAAGGAUAUUGAUCAUGUUUUAUAUUGAUAUUGAGGGAAAUUAAUUUUUGAUAUCGAUCAUUAUCGUUUUAUCGUCCAGCCCUAUCCUCAGACAAACAUUAGAAAUCUCAUCAGGACUGAAUUAUUGAUGCUCUCUGCGCUCUGACAGGGAUGAAUUCACUCUAAAGAGAAAAGCUUUUCUCUCUAACUCUCUCUCUCUCUCUCUCUCUCUCUCUCUCUCUCUCUCUCUCUCUCUCUCUCUCUCUCUCUCUCUCUCUCUCUCUCUCUCUCUCUCUCUCUCUCUCUCUCUCUCUCUCUCUCUCUCUCUCUCUCUCUCUCUCUCUCUCUCUCUCUCUCUCUCUGACCUUUCAGACUCCAUCGUCAUCGGCUUCUGGGUCGGACUCGCCGUCUUCGUCAUCUUCAUGUUUUUUGUUCUGACCCUGCUGACGAAAACAGGCGCUCCCCAUCAAGAGUGAGUAUCAUGAACCUCUACCUUCAUGUGGGUCUGUACGGGGACGGGUUCAGCACCAGAGAGGGUCCAGUCUGUCCACAGACCCACCUCAGACCUGUGGAGGUUUGACUGCAGGUUGGUCUGUGAUCUCAGGCUGUGCUCCUCUGAAAAGGUCUCCGGUUCGAAGGUCUAAUCAGAAGAAACUGUCUCUUCACAGAACGGUGGUUUCAGUUCUGAUUUCUAUUGAAGACAAAAUGAGGCAGAAAUAGUCUGUUAUUAUGAUGCAGUUUAACUUCUUUAUUUCCCCUCGUUUUAUUCUCACUCUCCUGAUCCCUCUCUCUCUUUAAGGAACCCAGACUCUGCUGAAAAACCGCAUCGACCCGGCAGCUGUCUGGUGGACAUCGACGGCCCCCAGGAGGAAAAUGACAAAGCCUUUUCUCGCCCGCUGUUGUCAGAGUCCCGCUCUUAUUUUCAUUUCUACAUCAACGAGGAGGAUCAGGGACAGGGGAGGCAGAGAGCAGAAGGAAAGACGGGCGGAAAGCAGCAGGAGAUCAGCGACAGGUCCAGAGGGAUCAUCUCCUCAGGGAUGGAUGAGAUGGAGGAGGACGUGGAGAGACACCACCCUCUGAACGGACUGAUGGAGGAGAGUAAGGCCGACAGAGAAAGCGCCUUCUUCCACCACUUUAACAUCCCUAAUUUUGUGAACUUGGAGCACGGCUCAAACCUGGGGGAGGACGAUCUUCUGUACGAGCCGUCCGUCAUACUUGAACGUCGCUCUCACUCACAGGACGCUCACUAUGACCUCCACUGAGGCUGUUUCUGCAGACACAUCACCAUCCUGCUCUCCUUCUCCAUCUGUGAGUCAGCGGGGGAAAACACACUCAGCCGUACAACAGCCUGACCAACAACUCUGUUUUUUCAUCAAGCAGGGAAACACAAAAGAUGACCCUCGACUCAAUAAUACACUCCACAUUUCUUCCUGAAGAUGAAACUGCAGCUUUUCCUCGGAGUAGGAGGCUCCUCUGGAUUAGAUGAAGCUGAACUGAAGACGACAGAGGAGUCAGCGGGGAGAACUCGCCGCCGCCGACUCAACUUCACUUUAUUCUCCUUUUGUGAUUCAGGAAAGUGGAUUUGGUUUCUGUAACAGAGAGCAGAUGCUGAAGAGUAGGACAUCUAGUAAUAGUUUUUCUAUUUUUCCACAAUAAUCACAUCUUUUCAUGCUCAGAGUGAAGCAUUCUGGGAAACAUUAGGAAGCUGACUCAAAGUUCAUUUGACUCCAAGAAGACGACGAGAGGAGAGACGGUUUAUCCUUAUAAUGAGUAAAAAUGAGUGUUUGUCACAGUGAUGAUGAUGAUGAUGAUGAUGAUGAUGAAGAAUGUAUCAGGAGUUCUUACUGAGGAGUAAAGCUCGUCUUCAGUGCUGAGGAGAGGAGAGCAGAUGAAAGUGAGACCUCUCUACUAACCGAUCGAUGUUUUUACAGCACCAAUUCACUCCAAGUGUUUUCUGCAGACACGUAAGAAAAAACUGGUCUAGACUCUGAAUCCAGACCAGACUCUGUUUACAAAGACUUGAUGUAAAGACCGGACCAGACUGAGCCCCAUCCGGUCAGACCAGACCCACUCCCUGGAAAGCAGACCGGUCCAGAUGAACUCACAGCCUGAUGGAGCUCAGGGACUCUUUAAGAGACUCUAACGGGACGAGAUGAUUCACAGUUAAAGGGAUAGUCCGGCGUGAAAUUAAUUUAGGGUCAAACCCACCGUAACACCGAGUUAGACCCCCCUCCAGAGAUGAAUGUUGCUGACCGCUUCCUUCUCUAGUUAUACCAACUUUAGCAAAGAGACUAAAGCGGGGUGCCGCAGCUCAAGGAAGAACAUUUAUGAUCAUUUCUUCAUGUAAAUACAAUCAGACCGAGACGCUAAGACAGAAGAACUACCGCGUCUGUAAAAUGAUCAAUAUGGUGAUUAUUACUUCAAGGAAACGAUAAAGAAAUGAUCAUAACUUCAGUAUAAAGGCCCAUCAGAUUAAAAUAACCUCUUUCUUUGUGUUCUAUUACUUCUUUUUAUCACUUCAGAAUGACUCUUCAUUCCCAUCUCAAAACAAAUUGCUCAUGUUUCUGAUUUAUUUUCUUUACUUUUCUGUAUUUAUGUUCACAUUAUUUCUCCUUGUUAAUAAGUUUUGUCUACUUUGUAUGUUCGGCGCAUGUCGGUUAGGGUUGUGUGUGAGAGUAGGGUGAGCGAGAUGUCUGUAUUUGUUAUAUGUUAACAUAUAACUAUGUUAAUGUGUAUGUUAAUGUAUUGUAAUGUGUCCUGAGUUCUAUAUAUGUUUGUUUAGGGAAAUGAGAUGCUACAUCUCAAGGGACUGUCCUUUAAUAAAUUCAACUAAAUGUUCCUCCUAUAUGUGUAUGUCCUGUUGAUGAAGUUAGGUGCUGUUCUGCGCAUUAUUUGUGUCUAUAGAGUGGCGUUUUGGUUGAGGGCGUGUCUCUCUGUAUUUCUAUCCUGCGGUCGUUACUAAAGUUGGUAUAACUAGAGAAGCAAGCGGUCGACAACAUUCAUCUCUGGAGGGGGGGUCUAACUCGGUGUUACGGUGGGUUUGACCCUGAAUUAAUUUUACGCCGGAAUAUCCCUUUAAAGCUUCUGUGAGGAAGUUUCUGUUUGUGUUGAUUUUGGCGCCCCCUGUGGUGAUCCUUUCAUUGGUGCUGAGUUUGUCGAACCCUCCUGCUGUGGUUUUUCUGUAAAUGUGUGAUUCACUGUGAGUGUUUUCUGUGGAUGUUUCCUUCACUCCCUCCUCACAGCAUUAAAAAACACACUGAAGACCUCCUCAGUCUGGUGGUCUCAUUUACUUUA